AUAUAUUUUAUCUUCAAAUUCAUAUAUGCAAACAUCAAAACUUAUGCGAACAAAUUUAUUUUAAAAACACUAUUCGUAGAGUAUGAAAAAUACCAUAUAAGCACUACUUAAAAUAAUUACAAUGACAAUGAAUCAUCAGACAAUCACAUCUCCUAAUGCUCUUUAAAUUAAUGAAGCUGAGUCAUACCGAGUCAGUGUGACUGACUGAGAGUCCGUGGGAGGGGCCAAAGAAAAGUAAUUACAAAACCACUACAAAAAGAUCUUGCCAUUAUACCUGUAGAAUCUCAGUAAACAGUGACCAUAUUGAACACCUCUACAAUUAACCAAACAUGGAGGGAUUCUCUCAUAUUCUCCAUGUUUUGACGGUACUUUUGCUUCUGGUCAUCAUUUUUAUCUUCAGCAUUCUUGCCGGAGGAUUAGGACCGGACAGAAUGGCUGGAUUUGACCCCUUUAUCCAGUAUGGACAGUGGGCAACCACGUUGCUGUACUUGUUACGGUUCCUUACUUUCAUUCCUAUUCCACAGGCGAUUUUCAACUUUUGCGGUUUAGUGAUGUACAAUACUCACCCACCCAAACCAAAACUGAAGACUUCAACACUUUUUGGCCCAUUUAUAUGUUUUCGUGUUGUGACGAGAGGUACAUUUCCUGAUUUAGUGAAAAAAAAUAUUGAAAAAAAUGUUGAAGUGUGCUCUAGGAUUGGUUUGGACAAUUAUAUUAUUGAAGUGGUCACUGACAAUGUCAUGAACUUAGCAAAGUCUCCAAGACAUAGAGAAAUUGUGGUACCAGCAAAAUACCAGACCAAGAAUCAUACACUGUACAAAGCAAGAGCCCUGAACUACUGUUUGGAACCUGGUAUUAACAUGCUGACAGAUAAUGACUGGAUUGUGCAUCUGGAUGAAGAAACGCUUUUAACUGAGUCAUCAGUAAUUGGCAUUGUAAAUUUUAUCAAUGACGGCACAUAUAAAUUUGGACAGGGGGUGAUAACGUACGCUAACGAGGAAAUCGUCAGCUGGGUCACAACCCUGGCUGAUCUGGUUAGAGUUGGAAUGGACUACGGUAUGAUUAGAUUCUGCCUGAAGUAUCUACACAGACCUGUCUUCAGCUGGAAGGGAAGCUUUAUUGUAUCAAACGCUGGAGUCGAAAAGCAGAUUACCUACGACUUUGGUCUGGAAGGAAGCAUUGCUGAGGACUGUUUCUUUGCACUGACUGCUUGGAAAGAAGGGCAUCAGUUCGGGUUUGUAGAUGGAGAAAUGUGGGAGAAAAGCACAUUCUCAGCCAUGGACUAUAUUCAUCAACGAAAGCGCUGGGUACAGGGUAUAUACAAUGUGUUCUUCAGCCCACUUAUACCAUACCGCUACAAAGGUGGUAUCACUCUCAUGUUGUUAUCGUGGGUUUUUAUGCCAUUCACUGUACCGAACAUUGUGCUAGUGCCACUGUUUCCGCUGCCGAUGUGGCGGUGUGUAAACGUUCUAUGUGCCUUUAUGGGUGCUACGAUGCUUUUCUUGUUCAUUUUUGGUGCUAUCAAGUCAUUUUCUCCACGCCGUAUGGGAUGGCCGAAGUAUGUAUUCCUCUGCUUUGUUCCAAUAAUAAUCGUGCCAGUGUCGAUGGUGUUAGAAACAAUUGGUGUGGUGACUGCAUUGUGUACAACCAAGAAAACAUCAUUCCACAUUGUGGACAAACAGACCGUCUUACCAAAAACUGUAUUGCCAUCCACAGCUCACACUGUUCAGCAUGUUUGAAAAUACUAUUGUAUGGCAUUUGUUGGUUGUCAUUUGUGUUUGGCAACACCUGUUUUCAUGGAAUUAUACGUAAAAAGAGGGUCCCAUAUAGCUAGCAGUGCUACAGCUAGGAUUUGCAAAGAGCAUGGGGUGUUAUAAUGUCAAAAGGGCACUUUCGAGCAUGUAGUAUUUUGUCAAAAAGGCACUUUCCAGUGGGCGGUCGUAUCCAGAAAGCUCCCUGUUGCUUAUUAAUUUUUAUAUUAUUAAUAUUUCUUAGAAUAUAUAAUCUCAAUUAUUAUUAAACCAUGCAAAUAAAAUGUCUGUUAUGAGGAAUUAAUUAAUAUCAAUGUAAUAUGAGAUUUAUAAAUUAAAAUAUGUCGAAAAAAGUAAUUUUGUUUUUAAAAAUAAAUAAAAGGGCAGGGUUGGUCAUCCAAAGCGCAGGGCUGGGCUUCGGAAGGGCAAGGUAGGGUACUCAUCCAUUUAGGCAUAGCUGGAGCACUGGCUAGGAUCUAAUAUUGCAACUACAAUGUAGAUGCAUCCUAUUUCAGAUUCAAAUUCAUGUUUUGCAGACAUUGAUAGAGAAUAUUCUUUAUUAAAGUCAGAAUUCCAAUACUUUGUUGGUGAAAAAAGGACCUUAAUGGGUGUUUUUAUGUCCCCCACUAUAGUAGUGGGGGACAUAUUGUUUUUGCCCUGUCUGUUGGUCUGUUUGCGCCAACUUUAACAUUUUGCAAUAACUUUUGCUAUAUUGAAGAUAGCAACUUCAUAUUUGGCAUGCAUGUGUAUCUCAUGAAGCUGCACAUUUUGAGUGGUGAAAGGUCAAGGUCAAGGUCAUCCUUCAAGGUCAAAGGUCAAAUAUAUGUGGCCAAAAUCGCUCAUUUUAUGAAUACUUUUGCAAUAUUGAAGAUAGCAACUUGAUAUUUGGCAUGCAUGUGUAUCUCAUGGAGCUGCACAUUUUGAGUGGUGAAAGGUCAAGGUCAAGGUCAUCCUUCAAGGUCAGAGGUCAAAUAUAUGUGGCCCAAAUCGCUUAUUUUAUAAAUACUUUUGCAAUAUUGAAGAUAGCAACUUGAUAUUUGGCAUGCAUGUGCAUCUCAUGGAGCUGCACAUUUUAAGUGGUGAAAGGUCAAGGUCAAGGUCAUCCUUUAAGGUCAGAGGUCAAAUAUAUGUGGCCCAAAUCGCUUAUUUUAUGAAUACUUUUGCAAUAUUGAAGAUAGCUACUUGAUAUUUGGCAUGCAUGUGUAUCUCAUGGAGCUGCACAUUUUGAGUGGUGAAAGGUCAAGGUCAUCCUUCACAAGGUCAAGGUCAUCCUACAAGGUCAAACAUCAUAUAGGGGGACAUUGUGUUUCACAAACACAUCUUGUUUUCAUAUUUGAUAAUCAUAACAUAAAGUUCUUUAUGGUGCCUCAUAUUUAGUGGCAUUUUUUUCGUUCAUUGCGUGGGGUUGCGUGCGAAACCUGCUGUAUCCACUUAUCAUUUCUGUAUGAGGUACAGUGUUUACUCACUUGAUAGCCAUUUCGGAGCAUUUGGUAAUGAUAUGAGUCGCGUCGUGCAGAAAUGGGUCUUAUGUCAGAAGCUACUUAAUCGGCUAUACUAAAGUCAGACAAGGUUGUGUGGUCUCAUAUGCAGACAGCAAAGCUCCUUACCAGACUGUGCAAAGCUUCAGCUGGUCUUUAGCUAUGUUUGCCACGUAUAACCCAUUUAAGCAUUACGUUGCUCAUAUAUAUAUAUAGAUAAAACUUUACAGGUACUGCCUUAUUCUUUGUAAUUAUUAUUUGAAAAGACCCGAUAAACAUGUACUACAAAACAAUGGUAAUAACCUGCUUUUCUGUUUAUCAUACCUCUAUGCCCACAUUUUUAAAGAAAUAAUAUUAAUAAAUAUAAUAGAAAGGACUUUUAGGGGCAGUGGAUAUGUACGGUGUGUUCUUGCGUUUGGAGCAUUUUUGUGCUUUAUAUCUAUAAAAUGGGCAUGAUUUAUGUAUUGUAUUGUGUGUUUUUUGUUUUGAAUACAUGUACUUAAAACACACAUUAUUAUUGCAUUUUUAAUGAGUUUGUUCAUAUUUUUAAUGAGUUUGUUCAAGAUAAAAGGUUAUUUUUAGGAUGAAUGUUUUAGCAGAAAGUAAAUAUUUUGCUUAUUAUUUACAUACAUUAAUGACUUUGUCAUGCUCAUGCUUGUAAUCAUCUUUUCUCAUUUUACCUGCAAUGUCUCGACGAUAAUUUCAGUAUUAUAUUGAAGCAUUUAUCUUAUUUCUAUCUGGAAAUGUAUACAGCUUUAAUGUUUGUAUUGUAAUAAUCCAUGUAUGUUUCUGUGCAGUUUUAUGUAAAGAGCAUCAGUUCUUUUCCUUCAAAAUACAAUUUUCAAAUAUUAGCGAUCAAAAUAAGCCUAAGCCUUCAAGCCCUGCAAAAAAUAAUAUGGAACCAGGCCUGCUAAAAUGUUCUGGUUUAUAUAGGGGGGUUGUAUCACUUUCAUGGUCUUAAGUAAUAUUUUUACAAUUCAGGCUAGCUUGGCUGAUGACAGUAUUACUGUUGAUUAUAGAAUACUUAGAUAUGAUACAUAUUUGAAAAAUCAUACUCUUUGAUUUUUUGUUGUUGUAUUCAAUGACAUGUUUUUAAACUACAGCAGUAAUAUCUAGCUACAUGUACAUGUGCAUGCCAGUUGUUGCCAUAUAUUUUAGUGAAAUGUAUUCCUAUUCAGUAUUAAUGUAUUGUACCGAUCAAGUUUGUUGUCUCUAAUGUUUUGCUUUGGUAGAUAGUGUACCUUGGCUUGUUACAUUUGCCUAUGUGUUUUUCUUUGUUUAGUAGAUUAUUAAUGUGAAUGUUGUUGCUGGUUUUUGUUUGAUAAUUUUUUUUAACAUUUAAUGUUUUAUGAGACUUGGAAUACUUCAGUUGUUUAUAGAUAGAAAAAGUUUCAUAAUUAGGUUCAUUUCAAUAAUAUUUGCUUUUGAAAUCAUUAUUCAUUCUUUAAAACAUAACGAAACAAUAUAGAUGAUUUUAUUAUCUAAUGUUGCAUUCCAUUAUUCAUAAUUAAGAGUCUCAAUUUUGUUAAGAUAUUAACCCAAUCAGCUUAACUGAAAAAAGGAUCACAAGUGUUUGAGCUAGAUUUGGGGCAUGGUACCUGUCUCAUAAAUCUGUUUAGUCUAGAAAAAAAGUAGAAAAAGUUUUAUUGUUUUCAUACUUUAAAAUAUCAACAGAAAUAACUAUUUAAAUACCAUAACUAUCACAAAGUACAUACAUGUAAACAAAGUCUAUUGAGUUUCAAAUGUUUGACAAAAUUAUCAUUUCAAUUAAUAUAGUUGUUGAUUUUCAUGUGUUUCAUACAUAAAGCUUACUAUGUAUGCUAUUAAAAGGAACUUAUUUACUUAUGUUUUGCUCACCUGUCACGAAGUGACAUGGUGAGCUUAUGUGACCGUGUGAUGUGACACUGAUGUCCGGCGUCCGUGUGUGCGUGCGUGCGUGUGUCCGUCAACAAUUUGUUUGUGUAGACAGUAGAGGUCACAGUUUUCAUCCAAUCUUUAUGAAAUUUGGUCAGAAUGUUUAUCUUGAUAAAAUCUGGGUUGGGAUUGUAUUUCGGUCAUCUGGGGUCAAAAACUAGGUCACUAGGUCAAAAACUAGGUCACAUAAUAGGUCAAAUAAUAGAAAAACCUUGUGUAGACAAUAGAGGUCGCAGUUUUCAUCCAAUCUUUAUGAAAUUUGGUCAGAAUGUUUAUCUUGAUGAAAUCUGGGUUGGGAUAGUAUUUCGGUCAUCUGGGGUCAAAAACUAGGUCACUUGGUCAAAAACUAGGUCAAAUAAUAGAAAAACCUUGUGUAGACAGUAGAGGUCACAGUUUUCAUCCAAUCUUUAUGAAAUUUGGUCAGAAUGUCUAUCUUGAUGAAAUCUGGGUUGGGAUUGUAUUUGGGUCAUCUGGGGUCAAAAAACUAGGUCACUAGGUCAAAUAAUAGAAAACCUUGUGUAGACAAUAGAGGUCACAGAUUUCAUCUAAUCUUUAUGAAAUUUGGGGUGAAUGUUUAUCUUGAUGAAAUCUGGGUUGGGAUUGUAUUUGGUUAGUCAGGUGAGCGAUUCAGGGCCAUCAUGGCCCUCUGUUCUGUAUAUUUUGAAGUCUUCAAUUUCAUUUCUUUACCGGUACUUGAAAGAAAGAAUAUUCACUAAAAUGCUCAAGUAAAUCUACAUGUUCAAAUGUAUAAAUGGAAGAGGGAACAUAAUAACUGAGUUAAAGUUCAAAAUGCAGAAACGAUGACUAUUCACCAUAUUAUAUUCCUUGAAAAGCAUUGAAAGUAUAUAAGUUAGAAAGGAUGUAUGUCAAUAGGGAACUGAAGCAGUAUUAGGUUCUUUUUUUAUGUCACAAAGGAAACAGGAAGUCAGGCAAAGACAGAGAUAGUUAAUAAAUGAUUACAUGUAUUCAAUUACUUGCAAGAAACACUUCUAUUAAGUAUUCAAUAAAGUUCACAGUACUUAAGUUCCUAGAAUGUGUAAAAUAAUUCCAAGUUAAGUGGUAGUUAUUGGUUAUCAUUACAAAAUUACAUUAUUUAAAACAUUUCUGUUGCAAAAUAUGCUGCUUAGUUUUUAAUUUUCAAAUACUCAUUCUUUUAUUUUUAAUCAUUUUUACAGUUUUUGUAGGUACCUAGAAUGUUUAACAUUUUAUAAUAACAAUUUUAAUAUUCGACGUCUUGAAAUUGAUAUUUACAUUAAAUGUUGAAACCACUCUUCAAUGGUUCAUAUCUGUUACUGAAUUUAUUGCUUACUGAUAGCUCCAAGCAAUCUCAGUUUUAUGACCCCUCAUUACUUGAUGUCAUUAUGCCAGGGGUAUAAAAGUUUGUUAGAGUUUGUUUUCAUACACUGUCCUGUAUACUGGUAUAAAAGUACAGAAUGUUUGUAAAUUUCGCUUAUCAAAUGAGACGCCUAAUGCGAAAAUGGGUCUUCUGCCGUAUACGGCCAGAGUUGCUCCAGCCCAGCCAUCAUAUCAGUACAGUCUGGUCAGGAACUGCCUUGUCGAUAAAUAUGACUAUGAAAUCUUGCGUGAUUUGAUAGGGGACAGAGUAGCUCCUCACCAGACUACACCAUUGCAUAGCCUAGGCUGGAGCUAUGCUGACUUCACGUGGCAUAAGACCCAUUUUGGCAUGACGUUGCUCAUACUAGUUUACUUACUAGAAUAGUUUUUUCAGAGGGUAUCACAAAAAUGCUAUUUUAUGACAUAAUAAAACAUAUGAAUAUAUUAGUUUACUAACUACAAUUGUAUUAAGUCUUAUCAAAGUGUAUCAGAAAAAAAUUCAAGCACCUGACUUACACUAAAAGUGAUGAGUAUCAGUUAAAAAUACAUUUACUAACAAAUACUUACAGCGGAUAAUGCAAGUAACAAAGUGGAAAGUUGUAUAUUGGUCUGUGUAUUUAAUUACCUCGCUGUUUUAAAAUAUUUGAACACUAUUCUGGUCAUUAUAUACAUAAUAAACAAUAAUGUCAUGUCUUAUCAUGGUUGUAUAGAUUUUCUUUUUAAAUUGUCGUAGUUUUAAUUGUUUAAUUUGUUGCCAAUACCUGCAAAAUCUAGUUUGAUGAUAAGAACAAGUCAUGUUGUGAGUUUUGUCUGCAUUUAAUUGCAUUUUUACAAUUAUAUAUGCUUCAAAAUGAUCAAAUAUUUGCAGGGUUCGACAUUAACUUUUUUCACAGCAAGACCAUCGGACCAGCUCCUCUUAAAAUGUACUAGCCUGAAUCUGAUGUCUACUAGACCAUAAAGGACAUAGCAAAUAAACACAAUUGUGUCGGGUAACUGUUUAAUCAUGUAACUGUAAUCAGGAUUUAUCAGUAAGUAAUCAGUAAACAACAAACAAUUAUUUGUAUGCAUAGACUAGAGUAAAACAAUAAAAUAAAACUAUUUAACAACAUAAA